UCUAGGGCAAAAAAUAUGUCGCUCUUCCUUGUUUUGAUUCCGUCCCCGCCCCCCACCUCCCGAUUUAUCCCCUUCCCCUUUCUUGCCAAGAACAUCAAGGAUUUUAAGGUAGCCGGAUCCUCUGCAAUUUACUUUCGAAUAGGUGUGUAGGAUCGCCCCUGGCUACCAUCCUAUAUCCAAACUCAUUGCAGAGGUGGAAAUCUGUGGAAAUGUUUGAUAAUCUGAGAUUAAUCGGGGGGGGGGAGAGCAGCCUCUUCCAAAUAAAUCUUGGUAAUUGCCAGUGCGGGUCUCCCCCCACCCCGCUUCUACGGACAAAAACUCCCUUAGAGAAAUAGAAAUCAACAAUUUCCAAGUUUCCCCAGAGAGAAGAACCUUGCCUAUGCAUUUGGCAAGUAUGAUUGAAGCCCUCUUCUUUUUCUUUGUCCCCCACACCCCCCGGGUUAGUUAUCGUUCCCAUCUUUGCUUCUUUUUUGUUUGCUUUCAUUUAUGUUGUUUUCUUGUUUGGAUGUGUUUUUAAGAUUUUGUAAACCGCCCAAAAUUGCUGGGAAUCGGAUAACAUAACAUAAUACUAAAUAAAUAGGAAGGGAAGAGGUCAACUUCUGUAUUGAGUUCCAAUUCUGACCGAGUUUUUCCUCAUGAAUAAGUACGGUCAUGAAUAAGUGCAGUCAAGAGCCUGGCUUUUUCCUUUGGUGUCCUUUCUGACUGAUAAGUUGAUAAUUAUGGGAGGAGAAAAAAGAUUGGGAACGUGGCUUUUCCCCUCUUUCGAGUGCGAGGAACGUGGACCUGCCGACUCCCCUUUACACAUUUACAACAGCAAUAAACUUUUGAACUAUUAACUCCCGAGAUUCUUUGAGGCCGCACCGUCCUGGUCGCUGAGGCUUAAUGGGAGUUGAAGUCAUGGAGCCCUACAAGCUUUUAGCCUCGCCAAGGAAGCAUGGGUUUAACCGUUUUCGUUUUAACUAGCAAAGGAAAGAAAGCGCGGCAUCUUUGGGCUGCUGUUGAAACAAACAAGUAAAUAAAGAAAGUGAAGCUCAAGCAUGCCGAGGUUUUUUUUAUUUUUUAUUUUUAAAUUAGUCCCCUCCCCCUUUUCCCCUUCUAACCCGGAAAGUGACUCCUCCCCCUGCCUGCCACUUGGAUUGUGCAUCCGGUUUGGAAAGGACGGGGAAGCAACUCGAAGCAGCGGCAGCCGCAGCGGCGGCAGCAGCAGCCUUCUCAUCAACUGUCUUUCGGUUGUGCCGCCGUCCAUGUGUGACCCCCGAGAGCGACGGAGCCGAGCCGCCGGCGCCAAUGGCCGUCGCCGCUGGCACCAACGGUCCAAACCGGGCUUGAUACCCCUGGCAGAUUUUUUCCCAAAGGAUAAUUCAGUCUUAUCUGGCAUCAACAGGCUGCAUCAGACAAUGCCAGAGGAAAUAUCUCCAGAUUCUAAGUGCCCAAUCUGCCUGGACAUGUUUGAAAAUGUGGCCUACUUGGAUCGUUGCUGGCACAGAUUUUGCUUCCGGUGUGUGUUGGAGUGGUCCAAAAACAAAGCAGAAUGCCCACUCUGUAAACAGCCCUUUCAUUCCAUCGUGCAUAGCAUGAGAUCUGCAGAUGAUUACAAGGUGCAUUCUGUGAGGCCUUCAGAAAUGGAAUCUUUUGCUAAUCCUAAUGGGAGGCGAUUCCGUUACCGAACUACGUUAACAGGAGAACAUCCUGCAAAUGUUAAUUCCCAGAGGUCUUCCUCUUCUCGAAGGACAAUGUCUUCCCCAAAUUGUGGGAUCUUGUUUGAAGGGUUAUCAACUCAGACAACAAGGCAGAGAGAUGCAGAAAUGCAUCAGAUGAUCAGACGGCUUGCAUCAAGGCGACAAGCUAGUUUGGAAGGUAGAUUUAUGCGGCACAUUCAAGAGCAAGAGAUGAUUAGCUUUCGAAAAGCUCUGUAUCGUUCUGGCACACGUGUGAGAAGCAUUGAAGAUGGAGGGCGUUAUAGGGACAUAUCGGCUGAAUUUUUCCGCAGGAAUCCUGCCUGCCUUCAUAGGCUGGUACCAUGGCUAAAACGUGAACUUACGGUCCUGUUUGGAAUUCAUGGAUCGCUCAUUAAUAUAGUUCAGCGUGUAAUAAUGAGCAAUUUGAAUAAGUUUGACCUGGAAAGCCAGGCAUUUGCCAAUGAACUACAGCCUUUCUUACUGCAAAGCACAGAGCAUUUCUUACACGAAUUUAUAAAUUUUGCCAGAUGUCCAUUUAAUAUCGAAGCGUAUGAUGAACACGCGAACUACGAUUGUCCGGCUCCAUCAAGAGAAGAAGGAAGUGCAUCGGAAUCUUCAGUUAUUACAAUAUCACCCGAUGAGACAGAAACACAGGCACCCGAUUGCAAUGUUUUCAGAACUGAUAUAGGCCAGGCACCCUGGGAUGACGAAACACCCGGUCCCUCCUAUUCUAACACAGAACAAGUGCAUAUUUCUUCAUCAACUGCGUUAAACACUUCAGAGAGCUCUGAUGAAGAGCCUGCUGGAAAUAGAACAGGAUUGCAGAUGUCACAAGAAAAUAUAGAGGUGAACGGUGACAGUUGUGAUUCAUCGGACAACUGUGUAAUUGUGGACUAUGUCAAACCAUUAGCUGAGAGAACCCCCGAGCUUGUUCAGCUGUCCUCAGACUCUGAAGUUUCAGCUGAUGAUGGGAAAAAGGAAGAUACAGAUAAAGUGCAGCCUAUCCAAUUCUGCAACUUUAACCUGACAGAUGUUAGUAGAUCUGCUUCGCCCUCGUCUACUGGAUCCAGAGAUGGUAUUGCUAAUAAGAUUAAUGAAUAUCUCUCCAAUGAAAAAAGAAAAUCGAAGAGCGAAAAAGAUGAGAUUAAAUUCAGAGGAGCCUCUUCUUUGCAAAGCUUUUCUUCAAAGGAAGCCUGUUAUGGAUACAAUUCAUCAAAAAGAAGGAAACCUGAAUCGCAUGUGCAGCAUUCUGACAGAGAGCAUCACAGUUCGAAAAGGAAGAGGAAGCAUCGCAGUAGGGAAAAACGAAAAAAGAAAAAAGACGGCAGUAGACAUAAGCACAAAAAGAAUAAAAGGAGAUCAACCCGAGAAAAGAGUACGUCCCGAUCUCUUUCUCCAAGUAGUGAAAGCACUGAACUGAGGGAUUUAAGUUGGUCACGAUUUCAAAACAGAGACUAUAGUGGAACUUCCAGGAUUAAAGACAUGGAUUAUUAUUUGAGAGACGAUUAUUCAAAAAGCAAAAAAUAUGCUUUAUACAAUCCAAAUGCAGUCAGAAGUUAUGAAAGACAUAGAUCGAGAAACCGGUCAAGAAGUCGAUUUAGCAGCCGAUCAAGAAGUCGAUCUAGCAGCAGAUCAAGAAGCCGAUCUAGCAGCAGAUCAAGAACUUCCAGGCAUCAUGAUAGAGGACGUUCUGAAAAGCCGGGUGGGAAAAGGAAAUAUAAAACACGUCACUUGGAAAGCAGCCAGAGAGGUAGCGAGGAAACCUCUUCUGUAAGAGAAAGCAAUGCUCUAAAGAAAUCCUUACCGAAGGAUCAAACCAUUUGUUCAAAAGCCACCAGUGUUGUAGACAGACAGCCUAGAACAGAGACUCAGCACAAAAAGAAGAAGAAGCGGUCAAGAAGCCCUAGUGUGGAAAUCAUUUAUGAAGGUGUGUGUACAUCAAAAUAUGACAAAAAGAAACCAAAAAGAAUUAAGUCUAACAAUCUUACCAAUUCAUCUGCAUUAUCUUCUGUUGUGAUUACUAUUGACAGUGAUAGUGAUAGAGAGAAUGUUAUUACAGAAUCUAAAAUUUUCAACCAGUUGCCAACUAAGAGAUCAUCUUUGUUUUUACGUCUGGCACAAAUGAUAAAUGGCAAUUCACAUUGCCAGCUACAUUCACCAGAGCAAGAUGUGUAAUUUUUUAAAACUUUUUUUUAAAAAAUAGAUUUUUUCCUCUUAGAUAGGUUAAGCCUUAGGUGUAGAGGUAGACAUAGAUUUUUUUUUCAUUUUUAAUGUUUUUAAUAACUUGUUUGCUAUUGUUUUUAACUUAAAGAGAAAAUAAUUUGUUUUAUGAAAUAAAUUUUAUUAAAUAAAUAAAUAGAUAAAAUAAAAUGUGA